AUGUCAGUCCGUCCCAGGGAAGGCGAUCUGAAUGUCCGCGCAGGCUUCAUCUUCGAGUCGGAGAGGUACAACUACAAGCUGGAGGAGCUGAUUGGCGAUGGUGGUUAUGGACAAGUGUAUGAGGCCGACGCCAUCUCAAAGGGAAAAAAGCAGGACACAAAGCGACUCGCGGUCAAGCUGGAGCGACGUUCAGGAGCAACAGACAUCGAGGCUCGCGUGCUUGAAACAGCAAAGGAUAAGAACUGCCGCCACAUUCCGAAGAUUUUUGACAAUGGGGUCAUUCAAAGUCGAGGCUGCUCAUUCAUUGCGAUGGAGCUUAAGGGACGCGACCUGUACAGACUGCGGAAGGACCGGAACAAUGGCAGUUUCACACUCGGGACAGCUGUGCGUGUUGCUCUUGCCACUCUUGAGGCCAUCAGGGAACUCCAUGAAGUAUGCGGCUUCAUUUCAAGGGAUAUCAAGGCGGGGAAUUUUGUCACAGGACAAACGACAAGCGACGAUAUACGCAACAUCUAUCUGAUUGACUUCGGCCUGUGUCGGCGGUACAAGGACGCGAAUAACAACAUCAUCGCCGCCAGACAGGAUGUUGGAUGGAGAGGGACGACUCGAUAUGGCUCGCGUAGUGCUCAUCAACACCAGGACUUGGCGCGGAGGGAUGACGUCGAGAGCUGGUUCUACAUGAUCGUUGAGAUGACAAAGGGAUCACUCCCAUGGUCAGCGGAGAGAGGUGAGAAAAUAUUCGUUAAUAAUUUGCACGCGAAAUCCUAA